GCGGAGGAGCUGCGCAUGAGCGUUGUGCAACAUGGAGGUGUCGGUGAGCGCUUUGGGCCGCAGAGGUUCUACCUGCGUGUUUCCGGUCGGUUCUGUGGUCAGGCACGUCCUGGACCGGCUCGUGCCGCUUCCGGAGGAUUUCUACGUCACCAGAGAUGGGCGCCGGGCACACCUGGACGAUCCUCUGGAGCAUGGAGCCGUCUAUCAUCUGGAGCUCCGCCUCGUUGGAGGGAAAGGAGGGUUUGGCUCGAUGCUGCGCGCGCUCGGCGCUCAGAUUGAAAAGACGACCAAUCGAGAGGCCUGCAGGGACCUCAGUGGGCGGAGACUAAGAGACGUCAACCAUGAGAAAGAGAUGGCAGACUGGCUGAAGAAGCAAGCGGAGCGCGAGGCAGAGAAGGAGCAGCGGCGUCUGGAGCGCUUGCAGAGGAAGCUCAAUGAGCCCAAACACCAGUUCACUGACGCACAGUACCAGCAGCAGUGCCACGACCUGUCCGAGCGACUUGAGGACUCGGUGCUCAAAGGUCUGCAGGCUUCCUCCAGCAGCCAGGUGAAGGUGGACGACAUGUGCGGCGCCAAGAGGCUGAACUCUGAUCAGAGCGAGCAGCCUGCGAAGAAGAAGACGAAGACGGCAGGAGGAGGAGGAGGAGGGUGCUUCUGGACGGGGCUGGAGGAGAUGGACGAGCUGAUGAGCUCAGAUGAUGACGAAGCUCCAUCCACAUCCAGCUGUGAAACUGCUGCUGCCAUUGCUACCAUGACAACACGAAGAGAGGCGGCAGAGUCUGAGGAGGGUAGCAGUGGAAGCACCAGAACCGCACAGAUCCCCAAGGAGACCUCCAGAGACCAGACUGGGACACCAUCAGAGGACCGGGAACCUGAGGAAACCUCCAGGGACCAGACUGAGACACCGUCAGAGGACCGGGACCCUGAGGAAACCUCCAGGGACCAGACUGAGAUGCGCUCAGAGGACCGGGAACCUGAGGAAACCUCCAGGGACCAGACUGAGACACCGUCAGAGGACCGGGACCCUGAGGAAACCUCCAGGGACCAGACUGAGAUGCGCUCAGAGGACCGGGACCCUGAGGAAACCUUCAGGGACCAGACUGAGAUGCGCUCAGAGGACCAGCAGCUGGAUUUGCUCUCGGCGUCGUCUGUCAAGCAGCUGGAGUCUCUGGGUUUGGACGUCUUGAAAAAAGAACUGAUGUCUCGUGGGUUGAAGUGUGGGGGAACGCUGUCGGAGCGUGCUGCCCGACUCUUUGCCAUCAGAGGACUGAGCGCAGAUCAGAUCGACCCGCUGCUGCUCGCCAAACCAACAAAGCCCAAGAAGAAGAAAUGAGGUGGAACGCUGAAAGCAGAGUGUUCAGCGUUCCUCUGAGUGCGAGAAUAUUAAUCACGGAGGAUAUUUAGACUCUUUCCUGAUGUGAAAUGAGCUUUCUGAUUGGUUCAGACAAUCACAUGUAUAUUUUAUUAGAGGCUCUGUCCAGUCAGAAAGCAGGAUGUUGACACACAUCUGUGUUUCAGUUUGAAUUUAACCACUUCCUGUUCAGCUUUCAAUAAACGUCUGAAACUAAA